ACCAUUUGUUGUGCCACACACAAACGCGAAUAAAAUAAUCCUAAUCAAAUUACAACUACCUCAUUUUGCAAAAUCGGUGAACUUUUAUAAAAAGGAAAAAUCAGUGAAACUCUCUACCUCAAAGUACAAAAGUGCGUGAAAGAAAUAUUUCAUAUCCUUAAAAGUGCACAAGUUGCUCAAAUGAAAAUUUGUUGUCUAAGAAUUUAAAACAACAACUUAUUCAGCGAAUAUUCAAAGUGUAUUUGCUUUGGUGAAGACGAAAUUAAAGGAACAAACACAGAAAAAACACAUUGAUGGCCAUAUCAAUGCUUCAGGACGCGCAAACACGAAACAUAGCUGCUGCAUUAGCUGGCAUUAAGCGGGAGGACGUCGCUGUUGACCGUUCCAUGUCGCUAUCGCCCCCCAUGUCGGCCAACACAUCAGCUACCAGCGCCGCAGCAAUGUACCCGGGUAUGGGUCUCCAACAGGCGGCUGCUGCCUCAGCUUUCGGAAUGCUCUCACCCACUCAACUCCUGGCUGCAAAUCGCCAGGCUGCUGCUUUCAUGGCCCAGCUGCCCAUGACUACUUUGGCCAACACUCUGUUCCCACACAAUCCUGCGGCUUUGUUCGGGGCUUGGGCUGCUCAACAGUCACUACCGCCCCAAGGCACACAUUUGCAUUCGCCGCCAGCCAGUCCGCACUCGCCGAUGUCCACACCUUUGGGCAGUGGCAAACAUCCACUGAGUUCACCCAACAGCACUCCCCAGCUCCAUGAGCCUGCGAAGAAGACUCGCAAGUUGUCUGUGAAGAAGGAGUUCCAGACCGAGAUAAGCAUGAGUGUAAACGAUCUAUACCACACACCAGGAGGUCCGAUUUCCCCACCUUCCAGUGGCAGCUCCCCCAAUUCCACGCACGAGGGAGCGGGUGGAAAUGCCGCGGGCGGUGCUGUCUCCAAGGAUCCAUCUCGGGACAAGAGCUUCACCUGCAAAAUCUGCUCCCGCAGCUUUGGGUACAAGCACGUACUGCAGAACCACGAACGCACACACACCGGUGAGAAGCCUUUCGAAUGCCCGGAGUGUCACAAACGCUUUACCCGUGAUCACCAUCUAAAAACCCACAUGCGUCUGCAUACUGGAGAGAAGCCCUAUCAUUGCUCGCACUGCGAUCGUCAAUUCGUUCAGGUGGCCAAUCUUAGACGCCAUUUGCGAGUCCACACCGGAGAGCGUCCCUAUACUUGCGAAAUCUGCGACGGCAAAUUCAGUGACUCCAAUCAACUCAAGUCCCACAUGCUGGUCCACAAUGGCGAAAAGCCGUUCGAGUGCGAACGCUGCCACAUGAAGUUCCGACGGCGCCAUCAUCUGAUGAAUCACAAGUGUGGCAUCCAGUCGCCGCCUACUCCCGCUCUGUCACCAGCCAUGAGUGGAGAUUACCCCAUGACCGUCACCGCGAUGGCUCUCGAGUCAUCCACCAAUAAAUUCGCGGCAAUGUGUGCCAACUAUGGAGGUUCGGAAGAGUCGGUGGACUUGGAAAAGGGAACAAUGGAGGACGAAGCUCCAUUGGAUUUGUCUGAGGAUGGAGCCAGCUCCGUAGAUGGGCAUUGCAGCAGCAGCAUGGCUCGGCGCAAGGCCCAGGAUAUUCGCCGAGUGUUUCGCCUACCGCCUCCUCAAAUCCCUCACGUUGCAAGUGACAUGCCCGAGCAGACCGAACCAGAGGAUUUGAGCAUGCAUUCGCCACGCUCUGUAGGAUCUACCGAACAAGCCGAAGACAUUGAUUUGGAUGACUUGGAUGACGCUGCUGCUCUCUAUCUACGCCAUCAUCAACACUAGACCAGUCCAACACUGAAUUGUACAUAGCCAUGAUCAGUUUUCAUUAGAUGAAAGUGACUGGCAAUGAUCCACACAAAAUUGAAAAUUUUGCCAUUUCAAAGUGGAAAGUAAAAAUUGUUGCAACAGGAAUUUAAUGAUAAGUACAAGAAUUAAAACAUCCACAAAAUAUAGACAAUUAGUAAAAUAAUAGCACAUAAAUCAAAAACAAAAAAAUACACAAAAUUGUACAAAAUUAGCUAAACUUGCCAUAAGCUUAUCGCCGCCAAACCCCACCAAAUCGAACCGAAAAUGUCGUGCCAUUCUUAACCCUUAAUUUAAGUUAAAUUCCUAUGUUUCUAAGGUAUCUUAAAUUGUAUAUAUCCAGCUUAUGCAGCUGCCAAUUGUAAAUUAUACGGCGCUCCAAAAAUUUUAUUGCACAACCAAAUGAAAUGAAAAGCAAAAAAUAUGAAAUCUAUCAAAAGUUUUUAUUUAAUACGUUCGCUUAUUUGAAUAUUAUUUAAUCAAAUUCUUAAAGAAAACAAUGCCAAUAAUCAUGAAAUCAAAAUUAACUUUAAGUUAU